GCUAUACACAGAAGAGGAUAAAGAUGUCUGGGCAGAUCACCUAUGCAGAAGUAAACGUAAAAAGAGAUGGGAAGGAGAGGGAGAAAACACAAGGAUUUAUGUCUGUAGAGAGAAAGACAGGUAAUUCUUCAGCUUCACCAAAAAUAACAAAGUCCUCCUCCAGAUGUUCUACUCUUGUAUGUACCAUGAUGAUUUUUUUAUUACUUUUAGUUAUCAUCCUGAUCAUAAUAGUUGUUUGGAAUACAGUGCACAAAAACAUACCUCAAGCAAGUCAAGAUGGCGUCUGCAAUAAUAGCAAAAAAACUGAUGAGGUUACCAGCAAUGACAACAAUCUGUUUCACAACUUCAGUAAAACAUGUCCGAGUUAUCCGUGUGACAAACAGGUGGAAUUGUUAGUCUUCAUGGAACAUCUUAAAAACAUCUGUAUCAGUGAAGGGAAAAUUGCAGGUACAAAUUGCACUGUCUGUCCUGUUGAGUGGCUACAACAUUUGAAUAAGUGUUAUUUCAUUUCUAAGGAAAAUAAAACAUGGCUUAACAGCAUACAAUUCUGCAACUCAUUUCUGGCUCACCUUGUUAAAAUUGAGGACAACGAUGAACUGGAGUUUCUCAGAAACAAAAUGGUAGAGGCAGAAUACACUUACUGGAUUGGAUUGUGGCAACAAUAUACUUAUGAUGUUUGGAGAUGGUUUGAUGGCACACCACUGGAUACUCAGAAUUCUGCAUUUAAAGAUAUUCCUACCUUAGGCAAUAGACAUGCUGUCAUAACAAAGAAACGCAUUGAUACAGGAAUGCCAACCAGUAAACGAAUGUGGAUCUGCGAGAGAGAGGCUGUGCCUGUGUAG